CAUCGCCCAGUGAGGGGCUACCCUGCCCUGGGUGCAAGCAGGUGGCUGGGUGAUGCUCACGGGAGUCCUGGCGACGCUGGAGCAGAGCCUCCUGGCUUGGUGCUGGGGGCCAAAGGCGAUGGGGCUUGGAACUGGAGAGGCCGGCCGGGGGCUUUGCCAACAGGAAAGAGCCUCUGGAGCUGCCAAGUUAGAAAACGCAGCUGUUGUGUGGGGGGCUGGAGGCCUUGCCGUGCACUAGACCCCAGCACGGUGAGAGCUCUGGGGAGGAUCCAUGCACGCACGCAGGCCCUGCCGCUGCUCCACAGCUCAGAACAGGCCCAUGGAAAGAGGCUUCUGGGAGCCUGUGGAACCUUCUUCUGGGGAGCGAGAGAAACCGGAUCCCACAGCUGCGGCAGCGAGGACUCUGGCCCCAGAAUAGCCGACUCCGAGGCCGUCCACUGCUUACUGGGCUGGGGGGCCCUGAGCUCACCACCCUGGCCUCCCUCUGAGGAGCAGCUGCAGCCCCUGCACCUCCCACCCCUCUGCCUCGGGCUUGGCAUCGGAGAACCCAGAAUGAUGGACGACGCUUUGAAGCUGCUGCUGCACCGCUUUUACACCCUGCAGGGGGAGCGGGUGGAAGCCUACCGGCUCUUUGAGGAGGGCCAUCGGGCGUAUCUGAGCAGUGGGCCACACUACGACUUCCUCCGCUACCGGCAGCUGGUCCAUGAGAUCACGCUGGCCUUCAGCGGCAUCUCCCGGGAGAUCCUGGAGAUCAAGGAGCAGCUCAAGGAGGAGCACGGGCGGCCGGAGCUCGCCCAGCACCUGUCCAGGGUCCAACAGAAGGAGAAGGAGAAGCUAGAGCUGACGGCCCAGCUGCAGCUCGCCAGGCAGAACGUCCAGGACCAGCCCAGCGUGCCAGCCCACCAGCAGGAGGUGCAGGAGCUCAAAUACAAGCUAAUUAAAACCAUUGAGGCAAUCAGCGAAAUUCUCCAGGACCUCAAGUACGAUUCGGAAGAAGCCGAGUGAUGGGUCUCCCCGUGGGAAUGACUGGAGGAGGUGGGAAGCGCUGGAGGGGGUCAGCUGGGCGGAGCGCUGGGCCGCAUGGCAGGGCUCUCGCUCACGUCAGGGUCUCGCUCCCCAUGGCGGGAUCCUCUCCCCGGCAAACCCCAGCCUUGGCGCCCCUGCAAGAAACUUGUCCAGGGCCCUCUGCCAGGCGGGCAGCAGCCUUUGCAACAGAGGAGCAGCUCGACUCUGGGCUGUCCCAGCACAGGGGCAGGUUUGCAAAAGGCCUCCACAGCCAGCAGAUCCCACUGGGAACAAUGGGGAACCCUCCUCCCGCCUGAGAGCAAUGGAGAAUCCCCACUGAGAGCAUCAGCAGCUUUGGGGGCUGAGCCCCUUUGACAAACUUUCCCAGUUCGGUGCCAGGUGGGUGGGUGCCCUCGAGCCCGCCGGGUAGGAUCAGGGUGCAGCCUAGAUGUGUCGCUGUCUGUCCGGCAGGGCUGAACGCCCCCUCCCUCCAGGUCCCUUCCUCCUGCAGAGCCAGGAGCCCUUUGAGUACAGACAGAGCCAAACCUGUGGAUUUGGGGAGAGAUUUUCCAAGUGCCAAGGUGGCUAUGGGGGGGUGCCGUGCUCCUAAAUCCCCUGGGUGCUUGGGAAAUCCCUCCCCCCCCAUGCAGCAAGGCGUUUUAACCAUGUGCUGCAACCUCUUUCAAGUCUGUUUGUUUUAAGAAUUAAGCAAAGAACUCUCUGGGGUUGUGGCUGGGCUUGUUUGUGGCUCAAUAAAAGGCAGGUGGGCGCUCAGA